GUUUUCGCGGAGGAACGGAAGGGCACACCUCAAUGCGUCUGCGCGACGAUUUGAAGUAGUGGCUCAUCAUCAAACGGCGGAACGCGUGCGGAGAGCGCGAUUUUUCGGUUUUUCGAUUUUUUUUCGACUGUUGAUUGAUUUUUUUGAUGGGUUGUCAGUAGUGCAAGUGUUUAUGCGGGAUUAAUAUGCUUUUGAGGCAUUUAUCAGUGGUGACACCACGUGUUGUGCCGGUGGACGGUGAUAAAAUGUGGUUUUAACGCGGGCAUUGACGUCUUUUUCCCACCACCGUCAGUAAAGAAAAAAAAAUGCCCGAGGAAUGCUCAGUGGAAAGAGAACGUAAUUUCCUCAGUUGUUCUUGAGACAGUUGGAGUGCGCGGUUCUGUGGAAAUUUAUCAUGCUCCGUCUUCAUUCAAACUUCAAGUGUUGACAGAAAAGCUUAAUAGACGCCAAGAAAUAAUUUUCCAGACAAUAAAUUAAUCGUUUUGUUUUAAUUGUUGAAGUGAAAAAUUGAACAUUGAUGAAACAAAAUUUUUCAACUUUUUGUCUUUUUCAUUGAAGAAUAAUAAUUUCUUUUUGUUGAUGAUAAUGUGAUUCUAGUGGUGAUACAGUGACAGAUCAACAUAUUUUUAACGAUAAUUAAUUGGUGAAAUUCAUUAGUGAAUUGAGGAUUGAAAUUUAAAUAAUUAAAGAGAGUUUCCCCUCACAGAUUAGUUAAUCAGAGAUAUGAUUAACAUCUCGAAGAUUAUGGACAACUCAACGCUCGGAAUUUUUAUCAAAAAGUGACGUAAGAAAAUAGGAUUUGAUAAUAUAUCGGAUUUACGAGGACUCAAACAUGAAAAUCAAAUAGUUGCGGUGAUAAUGUGAAAUGUGCGCUCCCAGGAGACAACUGUCGUUCAGUGGUACCUAGUCCACUGGAUCCAUCGCCCGGAGUCGAUCCCCCGAUCAUUUACCGUUUCGAAUAUUUUAUUUUUGUUUUUUUUUUGCCUUGUGAAUUUGGGAAAGUUAUUUCCCGUAAAAUCGUGGGAGUCGAGUUGAGUUGAAUUGAGUGCCGGGUGCCACGUGCGAGUUCUCAGAGGAAUAAUGGCACACGCUCUCGAGGAUACCGAGAAGAAACAGAAGGGGAAGGAGAGUCCGGAGGGAACGGUUGAUUUAUACGAGCCUGCACCACCACCCGAUGGGGGGUGGGGGUGGGCUGUGGUCUUCGCUUCUUUCAUGAUACACAUCGUCACGGAUGGUGUGACCUACUCAUUCGGUGUAUUUCACGUUGAGCUACGCAAUUAUUUCCAAGCGGGAGACGGCGCCACAGCGUGGAUCGCCUCUAUUCUCGUUGGAAUUACUCUGUGCUCUGGACCAAUUUCCAGUAUUUUUGUCAACAAAUAUGGAUGUCGUCUGGUGACAAUUGUCGGUGCAAUUCUCGCCAGCAUCUGUCUCUUAAUAAGUUACUUCGCCCAGAACAUAAUUAUCCUGUACUUCACCAUUGGCUUGGGAACAGGUCUUGGAUUUGGCCUUGUUUACCUCCCGGCGAUAGUCUCGGUCACCUGCUACUUCGAGAAACUUCGCUCUUUGGCCACUGGAAUAGCCGUCUGUGGAUCUGGCCUGGGAACUCUUGUUUUUGCACCCUUUAUUGAAUAUCUCAUUGGGGAAUUCGGAUGGAGGGGGGCUAUGCUCAUUGCAUCUGCACUCGUGCUCAAUUGCAUUAUCUUUGGGAUCAUGUUCCGACCCCUCGAGCCUGUGCGAAAGAUUAUGGAUAUUCCUAUGAUGGAAUUGACGAAACCUGAGGAGCCAGCGACCCUGAAGGUUCCUCAGACGAAUGGACUGUCAGCCAACGGGUUCGCCAGACCCCAUAGCGUGACAAACGUCAAUCACACGAAAUAUCACCUGGUCCCUGGGAACGAGGAGACGAAUCUAAUGAGGAUUGCACUGAGCCAACCAGUCCUCAUCUCCAAAACUGGACACGUUCAUCGGUCCAGGGACUUUGGCAGUGGUCUCAUGCACCGGAAGGAUAUCCUCUACCAGAGGAGCAUCGAAAACAUCCGGAAACGAUCAGCAUCUCUGGGAUGUCGUGACCUGCACGUCGCCCUCAGGGGAUCGCUGUCAAGCCUCCCCAAUGGAAUAGACGAGAAACAGGGACAGAAUAAUAAUUCCAAACACACAAAACCACUGAGUGCUUUUCAACAAAUGCUACAACUCUCGUUACUCAAGGAUUCUGUGUUCCUGCUGUUUGUUUUCUCAAACUUCUGCACAAGCAUCGGAUUUAAUGUGCCUUAUGUGUAUAUUAUAGGUUUAGCUGAAGGAGUGCAAAUAUCAAGGGAAUCAGCCUCAUACCUGCUAUCAGUAAUAGGUAUAGCCAACACUGUCGGACGCAUAGUCCUGGGUUACGUCUCAGACAAGUCCUGGAUCAAUCGCCUAGUUGUCUACAAUAUCUGCCUGACCAUUUGUGGCGUUGCAACAGUAUUAGGAGCCUUUUGUCCCUCGUACACUUGGUUCGUAAUUUAUGCCUCUGUGUACGGAUUCACGGCUGGUGCCUACGUGGGACUGACGUCUGUGAUUCUAGUCGACUUGCUGGGGCUGGACCUUCUGACUAAUGCAUUUGGCCUUUUGUUACUGUUUCAAGGGUUCGCGUCGCUCCUGGGCCCCCCAAUUGCAGGAUGGCUCAAAGACGGACUAGGUUCCUACCAACCCGGUUUCGUUGGUGCCGGAGUCAUGAUCGCUGUCAGCGGUCUCAUAUUAUUCUUGAUACCUGUUUUACAAAGAAAAGUCAGGAGGAAAGAGGAGAGAACGAGUGGUCUAGCUGUACAAUCCUAGGAAAAUGAAUAAAUAUUAUGUUUUAUUAAA